CGCAUUGACGCUGCUGCUGCUGCUUCCAGCCGACCCAACCCACUGAACCAACGCACUGGCUCAGAGAGAGAGAGAGAGAGAGAGAGAGAGGGAGAGAGAGGGGGAGAGAGAGAGAGAGACUCUCUUGGCGCUAUUACCCACAGCUGGAAACUGGACGAAGUGCGGAUUGCGUGCGCGGACAUGCAGCAGUAUCCUCUCCGCCUCUACUCGCUUCUCCGUUCCUCUCUGGGUCGGGACUCGGAUUCGCCGUCCUGCUCGGUGAUGUCAAGAAGACUUUGGAGACGGGAGUGACCGCUGGGAGCGAGGCGGCGAUUUGCGCUCCUUUCUUUUUCUUUCUUUCGUUUUGGUGAUUAUUGCGUAAACGCGAGCCGAGGCUCUAGGAUAUAACUUGCAAGUUCCGCGGAGCUCAACGAACGAAUGAAGAUGUUUCCUUGGAGCAGUGUUUUCAACAUGGGUGUUGACUGAACGUAGGAGGACCCCCCCCCCCCCCUCCCACCCCGCGCUGCCACAGAGGUACGAAGAUGCGCUGUUGAGGAUCAAAUCUGCGCUCGACUCAUUCCUGGACCAUGCAGAUUCUGCCGCCUCGGGCGUUAUUUUUGUUAUUAGCCCAAGCACACUUAUUAGUAUCCCUAAGAAACAAUGGAGAAGUACGAACCAAAGAGGACAGCAACCCCGGCGCGCACUCUGCGAGGACUUUCCACGGGUCGCCACGGGAGAGCCGCCCAAGCCGCGUCAAGCCCUGGGACCGCGCGCUCUCGCCGGGGUACGCCACAGGUGCGUCCUCGUCGGAGCUGCAGGCGCGACGGGCGUUCGCGCGGGGGGCCCUGAACUCCACGCACCCCUGGAAGCGGGUGGUUGCUGCGGAAACGAGGCGAAUUGGACACAGCAAGCGCGACUCCAGCAGGACGGGGACACCCGUGGAGGAUCCCAACGCGACGCGCCACCACAAUAAGAAGAUGAAGUUGAAUGGCGCUCUUAGUGGUACGGGGACGCCAGCAGGUGGACACUACAAUGCGGCUAAGCCCUCCUCAAUGGGCCGGGGAGACGCAGGGGGGGGACCCGAGGAGGGCGACAGACACAAGAGGGGCACAAAAGACGAGCAGAAGAAAGCCCCCCGGAGGGGGAGAAACCGGCUGAACAAAAGCUCCGGGGUUUUGGCUCAGCCUCACUCGUCGCCGUGGGAACCCAUCCCCAAGCCGGUGGCCCUCACUUCCACCGACCUGCCCUUUGACCUCUUCACCAGGAGGGCCGAGUCCUUCACUUUAAGGGAGGAGAACCCCUGGGACGCCACGCCGAUCACCCCUCCCAGCUCGCAGGAUUUCGGGGACGAGAUCAAGAACCCCUUUUACCCGGUGACGAGCGAGACUUACGGCGCGUACGCCAUCACGUGCGUCUCCGGGGUUAUCUUCCUGGUUGGCAUAGCCGGCAACGUUGCCAUCUUGUGCAUCGUGUGCCAGAACUAUUACAUGAAGAGCAUCUCCAACUCACUGCUGGCCAAUUUGGCUGUGUGGGACUUUGUGCUCAUCUUCUUCUGCCUGCCCAUGGUGGUCUUUCAUGAACUGACAAAGUCCUGGCUGCUGGGGGAGUUCACCUGCAAAGUGGUGCCCUAUGUGGAGGUGGCCUCUCUCGGCGUAACCACCUUCACUCUGUGCGCUCUGUGCAUCGACCGCUUCCGCGCGGCCACCAACGUCCAGAUGUACUACGAGAUGAUCGAAAACUGCACUUCCACCACCGCCAAGCUGGCCGUCAUCUGGAUCGGCGCGCUCCUGUUGGCCCUGCCGGAGCUCCUCAUCAGGCAGCUGGUGGUGGAGGAGACGGGCAUGCCGGACGAGCCUCCCGUGGAACGCUGCAUCAUCCGCAUAUCCACCUCGCUCCCCGACAUGCUCUACGUGCUGGGCUUGACCUACGAGGGCGCCCGGCUGUGGUGGUGCUUCGGCUGCUACUUCUGCCUCCCCACCCUCUUCACCAUCGGGUGCUCCCUGGUGACGGCGCGCAAGAUCCGCCGCGCCGAGCAGUCCAGCGUGCGCAGCAACAAGAAGCAGAUCCGCCUGGAGAGCCAGAUGAACUGCACGGUGGUGGCGCUGGCCAUCGUCUACGGCGCGUGCGUGGUGCCCGAGAACAUCUGCAACAUAGUCUCGGCCUACAUGGCGGCGGGCGUUCCCGAGCACACCAUGUCCGUCCUCCACCUCCUCUCCCAGCUGCUGCUGUUCUGCCGGGCCGCCGUGACGCCGGCGCUGCUGCUCCUGCUGUGUCGCCCGCUGGGCAGGGCCUUCCUGGACUGCUGCUGCUGCUGCUGCUGCAACCACGCGCCGUCCUCGGCCACGGCCAGCGAUGACAACGAGCACGAGUGCACCACCGAGCUGGAGCUGUCGCCGUUCAGCACCAUCCGGCGGGAGCUGAGCAACUACACGCCGGCCGGCUCCAACUGCUGAGCGAGAGAGGUUCCUCGCCCCCCCCCUCCCACCCCCCCGGAGGGAGGAUUUGGGAGAGAUUUGCCUUACCUGGUGUGGUCACGUUUUGGUGUGGUGGAGUCCGUGGAGGAAGUGGGACACUGGAUGGAUCAAAUUCAGCCCGGUGUCCCUCAUCCAGAACUUUUAUUCCCUUCAAUGAUUCUGUACACUUACAGUACCUCUGUGUGUAACCCAGGGUAUCUAACAAAGAGCAAACUCUUCUUUCACUCGUGCCCUGAUGUGCUCCCUAAAACAGGCUCGGUACAUGUUUUUAGAAAUCCUGCCUGAAACCUUUAAAACUUACAAACCUCCCUGCUGUAGACCUUAUAUGCCUAAAUACCAUUGGACAGUUGGGACGGCCUCCCCGCCCUUCUCAUGUCUCGAUCCUCUCAAGACGUUGAAUUCUUUAGAUUACGUAGUAACGAUUUUCCGCUGUCCUCGUGCUAUAGUUGGCAGGUAAAGGUAAUACUAUUUAUUUCUGUACAAUAAAUAUAUGGACGUGAUUGUGCAGAAUAUGUCCCAACAUUAUCUGUUGAAACUAACAGAGUGGUUCAAGACAUCAUGUAGAUUUGGCCUACAUAAAUAAUACAGAUGUAUCCGAAGGGAAGUAUAAUAAAUGCCAAAUCACCUUCGAAAUGUGUCACUGUUGAAAUGAUGGGAACCUUGCAAAAUAACUUAAAUACAGAACCCAGCUGUACUUGUGUGCUAAAACAACGUAUAGAAAUACUGGGCUCAGUUUACUGACUACAGCCGCUGCAGUUGUACAGUUCAUGUAAUGCUGCACACAUGGGAACCAGACUGACAAUAAUUGAACUAUAGCGCAGACGGCCUCUGCAGUAACGACAGUUUGCAAGAGGAAAACAGAGAGGAUGCGUGAAUCCAAAUGUACACACUUACACUGUAUGUUGUAAAGUAUCCAGGACUCAAACGUAACUGGGCUGGUCUCAGCGAUAAACACGGACAUGGGCAGAAUUCAGAGGUUGGAAAGGACUAUUUUAAAUUAAAUGAGGGGUGAAAGGAGUGGAAUGCAAUCAAAUGAAAACACCGUAGAUUAAGUUGAAUGAAGAGAAUACAGUGGAAAUGCAAUGGAGCGUAACACCUUGGAAUCUGAUUGAAAGUGACGGACUCAGCCUGGACUGAAAAUAAAUCUGCACUAUACUGUUGUAUCAUGUCACGCCUUACACGUUAGGCUGUAUAUAUACACACUGUACAAUUUCUCCGGUGCUCUUAUGAUGAAUGCGCUGUAAACAACAAAUCCAUCUGUUCCACUUAGAUUCUCAAGUAAUUGAGCUGCACGCCAUUUCUUUUUUUUGUCAAGAAGACGGAUAGCAGUUGUGUGUGUGUGUGAACAAUGGUGGUGUAAAAGAACAAAAAUCAAUAUAAAGUUCAACAUAGCUGCCAUAAAGACAGUUUGGAGAGAUUGCCUGAAUCAAGUGUAAAUACGGCCUUUAUUAAUAGGAAUGUAACACUUCAUUUUAGAGUACAGUAAUUAACAGGUCCUGAGAAAUGAAAAGAUAGAGACCUAAAUGAUCACUGGUAGUUAUUUAUGAAACGCAGAUUAUUAACUUGCAUCAUCAAUCCUAACUAGGUAUUUCUGGCAUAAUUUAAAUCAUUACCACAACAAAGUGCCAAUGCAGCAUUGUAACAACUGCUGGACUUGAAGGGAAUUGUGUUUUUUUAAACCAAUGAUGACUUUAAAGUUUAUAGUAAAUACAAAGUAGCUUUUCCCUUUUCAAGUUAUUUACUCUCAUCUCCUGUAAUAACUGUAAAAUAAGUGCUACCUCAAGUGUGUCAAUUAUCUCGACGGCAAGACAACAAUUGACUGUUUGCUAAAACCCUCCAAAUAGUUCUCCUUAAUUAUCCAUCACAGAGAGGCAGCCAGUCGUUUGAGCCUGUCUUUUAGCACAUGUAUUUAGAGAUCAACAAAGUCAGCCGGAGAACAGUGCUUUCAAUGGACUCACACUUGAAAUGGCCGUUCAGUUAGCUCGCUAGUGACAGCUGACAAAAUCCCCGUAAAUCCCAAUUAGUUAUUUCAUCCGGCAAAAUUGCCAGUCGCCAGCAAAGCCACUUUUGUCUGAAGUCAAGGACAACAGCAACUUUAGGCGGUACAGUAAUUCUGUCGCCAUUAUUUGCAGGUUUCAGUUUCACAGUGACCUCACGGGGGCGGGGCUUGACGACUGGUCAGUUUUACAGUGUUUUACCAUUUUUUUUAACCUCUAAAACCCUUUUGCAGUUUCAAUACUUGAGUUUUUAAGGAGAACCAAUGAAAUGUUAUUCCCAGUGUAUAAAUUUACAAGUGUGUUGUACUGUUACUCUCUUUUCUUAAUUCUACCGGUCAGACUUGGGUCAAAACAAGGUUCAGCCCACUAUCACAUCUAAAUACGGGUCAGGUAAUUAAAGUCAUGCUAAUAACGGAACUGCGCGACCAUUUAAUAAGAAAUUAAGCUUAAAAAGCCUUAAUUUGGCUUGUUUAACGUCAGAAAAAAGUCAAAUUUCUUUAAAUAUUUGUGGCUAACUUGAAAAAGUAGCGCCCUUUGUAAUGACCCAGGUGUGAAGUUCAUGGUAAACUGUAAAUUGCGACGAAUCUUUUGCAUACGAUUCUGCACUGCCAAAAACCUAAUCUCUGUCUUGUCUCUUGUGCUCUUGUGGUAGUAGCACACUAUCUCUGGGUGUCUCUCUCAGCGUGGAGGUCAGUUUGCCCUUGGCACCAUCGGGAAGAGGAGUUUUUACAAAAAAAGAAAAAUAUUAAAUCAGGUUCGGCAGCACCAAGGGACAGUCGCACUAAAAAUACACGGAGAUAUGAAGAACGGUGGGUAAAGGGUGCUUCGUGCUUCAGCUGGAAGCAGCAACCCUUUAGCUUUAAUGAACUACAGAUUACGAGCUCGGAGAGAUUCAGAUGGCUGAAGCCUCUGGUCAGCGACUGCCUUUUGGUUCUUCCAGUUAAAAAGGAAGAAAUGGGCAGAAACAAAGCACCACACCCCGCAGCCGGUUUGACAACUUUUAAUUACCAACGCUAUCAGGUUAUUGUGGGCCGUCCAGAGAUCUCCCCUGCACCAGCUUAAAACAGUUUUUGGGGGGUAUUUAGUUCAGUGAUCUUAUGUUUUUGAUAUCCUACUACUGUUUUUUGGGGGAGGGGGGGGGGUUUGAAGUGUAAACUGACCUCCGGGAAACGCAUUCUCCUUCCCUGCUUUAGUUUUCCGGGAGUAGCUCAUUCUAAAUGGCUCAGUGUGUAGUAACGUAGUUCAAACUAUUGAUGAAGUGAUCCUUGUAAAUCAGUCAGUGGGACGUUUGUUCUGAAUGUUGUGAGUUUCCUCUUCACUCUGAGCAAAUUGUGUCUGUAUUUGAUACCUAAAAAUGUUAAGCACACAGCCACUAUUGUCUCUAGGUCUAGUCACUGGUUUCUAAAUAGCUUUUUAUAUAGCCAAAAAACUGUCCCUUUGUUUAUCAAAGAACUUUAUCUUGAAAACUGUAUAUUAAAAUCCUAAAUGUACUA